CCCUUUUGGAUUUACAUCGGCGGUCACCAUGGCAGCCCUCAGGCCCCUCACUAAACCCAAGAUUGUCAAAAAGAGAACCAAGAAGUUCAUCCGCCAUCAGUCUGACAGAUAUGUCAAGAUCGCGAAAAACUGGCGUAAGCCCAGAGGUAUUGACAACAGGGUCCGCAGGAGGUUCAAGGGCCAGAUGCUGAUGCCCAACAUCGGUUAUGGUAGCAACAAGAAGACCAAGUUCAUGCUGCCAACUGGUUUCAAGAAGUUCCUGGUGCACAAUGUCAAGGAGCUCGAGGUCCUUUUGAUGAGCAACAAGACUCACUGUGCCGAGAUUGCCCACAACGUCUCCUCCAAGAACAGGAAGCUGAUUGUGGAGAGGGCAGCUCAGCUGGCAAUUAAGGUUACGAACCCCAACGCCAGGCUCAGGAGUGAGGAGAACGAAUAAACUGGUUAUUCACAAUAAAGACUUA